AUGGCGAUUGCUGCGUUUUCCGCCCAGGACGCGUCCCAACAUCUACAAGCCUCGGUCACUGCCAUGGUCAUGUCUCUGUUGGGCGCUCCAGAAGCAACCAGCGCGACCUUGAGAACCAAGCAGCCGUCGAGCACCAGCACCACACCAACCACCAGCACCACAUUGGCCACCGGCACCACGUCGAGCUCUAGCAAGAUAUUGAGCACCAGCACACCAUCGAGCACCAGAACAUCAUUGAUCACCGAAUACCUACACCGGACCAUGGAGCACCAUCAUCAGCAAAAUAUCGACCCACAGCGAGCCAUCGAGCACCAGAGCAGUAAUCUCACCGCCGACCCCAACCCCUUCGACUAUAAGAUCGCCUUUGCUAGAUUUCCCGUCGACGGAUGCACUCAAUAA